AUUCUUUCUUCAAUUCGUUGAAUUUGUAAACACGUGCAUACACUUUUGGAAUAAUAACUGCGAAAUUGGUUGCUUCUUGGUAAAUAAUUCGUUAAACACUACAAAAUGCCGAAGGUGAUCGCUGAAAAGAAACACCGAAUUCACAAUGAAGUACAGAAACAAGGAAUUGUAUUCAAUAAGGAUUUCGGUCAGCACAUUUUGAAGAAUCCUCUGGUUAUCACAAGCAUGCUGGAGAAGUCAGCCUUGCGACCGACAGAUGUUGUGUUGGAAAUUGGUCCUGGUACGGGAAACAUGACAGUGAAAAUUUUGGAAAAAGCGAAAAAAGUGGUUGCCUGUGAAAUCGAUCCCCGGCUUGUGGCUGAGUUACAGAAGCGUGUCCAAGGAACGCCAUACCAAUCCAAAUUGCAAAUUCUUAUCGGCGAUGCGCUCAAGUCAGAGUUUCCAUUUUUUGACAUUUGCAUUGCAAACGUACCGUAUCAGAUCAGUUCACCGCUUGUGUUCAAACUGUUACUGCACCGGCCGAUCUUCCGAUGUGCCGUACUUAUGUUCCAACGAGAAUUUGCUCAGCGUCUCGUGGCCAAACCGGGCGAUAAGUUCUAUUGCCGCUUGAGCAUCAAUACACAAUUGUUGGCUCGUGUCGAUAUGCUCAUGAAAGUUGGCAAAAAUAACUUCAAACCACCACCAAAAGUUGAAUCGAGCGUUGUGCGUAUCGAACCCAGAAAUCCACCGCCAGCAAUCAACUUCACCGAAUGGGAUGGCCUCACUCGGAUCGCCUUCUUGCGCAAAAACAAAACACUGGCCGCUUCGUUCAAACAGUCUUCGGUUUUACAAAUGCUUGAAAAUAACUACAAACUGCAAGCUUCGCUGCAAAAUCAGGAAAUCAGGCCCGAUUUUGACAUCAAACAACUAGUCGAAAGUGUGUUGCAAGAGGCUGAAGCCAGCGAAAAACGUGCCCGCACAAUGGAUCUGGACGAUUUCAUGAAUUUAUUGUACUGUUUCAAUAAGCAUGGCAUUCAUUUUAGUUAGAUAUUAUAUUACAUGAAUAAAUCAACGUUUAUUGUUACACUCAAAAUAUA